UAUACAUAUAUACACACAUUUGUUGCUCAUGUGCCGUAAUUUCAACCCAAUGCGAUAAGUAUGAAUUAAAAAGAAGGAAAAGGAGAAAAACAGAAGGAAUGGAGAAGAAAUAAAGGGAGGAGAUCUGCCCUCACUGACAGAAAUUAUAGGGUCAGACAUGGCACCAACAUUAUGGGACUUGGAGCGAGAGGAUUGUAUAUUUGCAUAGUGCAUACGCGAGGCACGUGUGUCUGUUUAUAUAGCAGAUUAUACUGUAGAUAUAUACAUAAGUCUAAAUGUAGAUCUACUGUAUAUAUAACAAUAGGUGUUGUCACUGGUUUAUGGUCUUACCUAUUUUACAGUAACGUUUUUUGUGACAAGUGUAAAUGUCUCUGGAUAUUUCUGUCAACAUGAGAGUAACCGCAGUGUGUGUGAGCACACGUGUGCUGUGAGACUGCAGCCAGCGACGGCGUGUCUUCUUGUCUCCGUCGGGGUCAUUGUGAACCAAGUAGUGCCUCUCUCCAAAUAUAAACUAAACCCAAUUACCGAUCCUCACUACUGUCUCUGUUCACACAAGCUGGCUUAAUACAAUCUUUACAUUUUCACACAAAGUGUGCAUUCUCACCGAGCAACAACGGUUUCCUGUGUUUUGGAAGCGAUUGGAAGGAGCUAACAAACUGUCACUUUGCUGCAUUCCAGCGGUAAAAACAUGCUCACCUCUACUAUGUUUUUGUGUCUCAUGAGGGUUUUCUUUUGAUGCCUAUCAGAUGUCAUUGUCAAGGAAUGUUAACUAAUGAUAUAAUUGAGUUUAAGUGUGUGUCUUGAACUUAAAAACACUCUGCUCGGAAAAGAACCGUUUAUAUAUUGUUUUCGAGUCGAGAUAUCCCGCAUAUGUCAGUGGUUUGUAGGAGCCAGUUUAAGGUUUGGGUAUUCCCCUUAUAAUAUUUAAGGGGAACGCCAUUGUAGUGAGUGACCUGAGCCACCAAGCCUAUGCUGAUGUCUUCCUUUCUUUUUCCUUUUGAAAAGCAGCAGAAUAAGCUGAAACCCUAGUCCAUUUGUAUUGUCAGGACAAAGAGAGACCAUUGUGGCAAGAGGGGUGGAGGGGAGCUGCUGGUGGAGGUAGGGGUGCAAGGGGUCAGGGGGGGCAGAGAGGAGUUAGUCAGAGACUGACCCAUGCUGGGUGGAGUGUUGGGGGUUCGGGGUGGUGGGGGUGUGCAGGUCAGGUAGCGUGUUUUUUUUCUUUUCUCGCUCUAUCUGAAUGAUGAGCCUGAAGUUGCAGCAGUGUGCAUUUAUCCAGCUGGAAGAGGCUUCGGUAGCAGAGCAGCAGCAGGGUGGGGGAGGUUAUGUUUGGAGGGAGGGAGGGAGAGAGGGUGAGUGACGGGGAAGCCAGUGCACUGCCUCUCUCACGCUCCGGACAGGAGUUUAUUCUGCUCCAGCUGCCUUCACCACAGCACACAGAGAGCUGGAGAGAGAAAAAGGCACGGGACCUGUUGAUAUCACCAGCAAUGACUUACAGCACUUACACAGUGGAUUGUACACUGGAUUUUGGCGCUUGGAGUUGAUGACACUUAUUUAUUCAUUGAAGUUUGGUAUUUCGUCUGGUGCCUAAAUGCUGUCACUGGGCAAAAUGCACUCCAGAGCAAAGUCCCGGAGUUGUGACAACUACCUGAGUAUUAAGGACACUGAGUCUUUGGACAGCUGUAUCCAGAGCACCUUGUCGGCCCUGUACAGCCCCUUCAGUGCCACCGCUGCCACGGUCCUGUGGCAGCUCUUCAGUGUGGUGGAAAGGCAGUACCGAGGAGACGGCCUCCGCUGCCUCAUUGACUUCCUGCUCCCUGCCAAAAGAAUCCUGCAGAUCAUCCAACAAGAAACCUGUGUGAGGUUCAGAGGAUUGCUGUUCUACCAUGAGGGGUGGCCUCUCUGCAUCCACGAGAAAGUCGUCCUGCAGCUCGCCCCUCUGCACAAAGUGCGACUAAAGCAAGGAGACUUCUACCUCCAGAUUGUUCCUUUAGGCCGCAAGACUGCUAAGCUAGUCAUAAAAUGUCUGUCGGUCAGUGGGCAGGCCAUCACAGAAGUCACCGUCGCAGAGAGCAUGUAUGGCAGUGUCUUCACAGCUGAGUUCUUGCAGAAUGUAACACGUGACCGUAACCUGCACCCACUACAGAACUGUCUGCUUACCACUGGUACGGCUGUGUACAGGACGCCGUGGAAGAACGUGGUCAACCCACUGUUUGUCAGCAGCACGGCGGACGCCAUCAUGCAAGCACGCUGCAGCAGAGGUGGCUUCCGCGGCCAUCUCAGCACCUGCAGCACCAGCGGAUCCACAGGCACUCUGGACAGCCACCGCAGCUCCAGAGAGUCUCUGCACUCUCAGGGAGCUGACUCCAUCUUCUCUGAGCCCACCUCCCGAAACAGACACCACUUGGACCCCAGCAGUGAGAACCACAGUGUUGAUUCACCGGACACUGCUAUACCUAUCAUUAAAAUUGAAAGAUCCACUGAAGAGUGUGGAAUAGGAAGUGAGGAUAGUGGUGGGAGAGAGAGCAGGCCAGGGUCCAAGAUGCUAUCUUUUAGUACGGACCUCAGUAACCCUGGCCCUCGACGACGCCUCCCAAGGGACUCUGUUGCAUUUGAGAGCAGGAGACUUUUCAGGAAAUCUUACAUGGAGGCCCUGCAGAACCCCAUGAGCCUCGGGUCCAGCUCUGAAUCCAUUCUGGAGGAAAGCCCAGAGCAUGGUGCUGGUCUAAGAGAGAGCUCGGUGACACCGGGGAGCAGCCCCGACACCCGGUCUUCCUCCAGAGAACAUUUAUCUCGGAGGUUGGGUAGCCGGAGCUGGCUCAGUGGGGAUGACUCCAGACCCAGCACACCUUUGCUUUACUUACAGAGGGGGUUGAGGAGCGCAGAGAGACGGGCGGAAAGACGCUCAAAGUCACUGGAGAGGACUAACAAGGCAGGCCAGGUUAAAGGCCACCGGGAACGAUCCUCUUCUGGAGGCUCGGCUAGCCCCUCCCCUAAAAAGCUUAUCAAUGGCUACACUCUGCGUUUUGGGAAGCUCGAUUUGGAGGCGGCUUUUCCUGGCUCUGAGAGGAGAAACAGCAAAGAGGAGUCAGGACAGCGCGAUGACACCAUCAGCAGUGAGAGCAGACGGCACAGGUACAGUGGAGAAGAGCCAUACAGUCCAAAAGCUGCCAAUGGGACGGCAAUCAGGCCGGCUUCAGCAUCAGCCUUCCCCAAACUGGUGUCGGAGGUCAAUGAAGAGCUACUCUCAUCGGGUGCCGUGAUCCUGCCAGGAAACAGAGAUCGCAGUGGGAGGGCAGUGCUACAGGUGUGCACAAGAGCUCAGGUGUGGGCAGGUGAGAGUUGCACUGUCAGUGACCUCACCUGUUUAUUGGGCUACUACUAUUCCACGCUGCGGAAAGAAAGGCGUGAUCACGGCUUAACUGUUGUAAUAGACAGCAGGAGGCAGCAGCCUGUUCCAGCUCUGUUGUCAUCUCUGUCUGAAUUGCAGGCGUUAGCACCAAAUGCACUUUACACUGUUCUCUUCCUGGUGGACAAGGAGACCGCAGCCAAAUCUGAGAGAGACAUCGAUGUACAGACUGAAACAAUGUCAUCUCUAAAAGCCCUGCUGAAGCACAUCGACCAAACCCAGCUGACACGAGACCUGGAGGGCACCUUCCAAUACGACCACAAGCACUGGAUCCACUUCAGACAGAAAAUUGACCCGUUUGCCAGCAGUUGUAGCGCAUCUAUCUCCUCCCUCCAGGAGUCUAUCAGCACACUGAGCGGCAGCGGCAACCUGAAGACCUCGAAGGAGGUAUCUGAGGUAUUGGAACAGCAGAGGCAUCUCAUGAAGUGCGUGUUAGAGGACACCCGUCUAAACAGAAUGCGUCUCGAAGGAGGAACUGUCCUCGCCCGCAUCAGGAAGGAUGAGGCCUGUGAGAAUGAAAACUACAGAGAUGCUGUCGACAUGUUGAAUGCACUGUACAACCAAGUAGACGAAGAAGUCCAUAAGCUUGUGAUCCUCUCAAACAAGUCUCAGAAACAGUUGGAGAGGCUGCUGAAGGUGUGCUCGUUUGAGGAGCAAACCCAACAGAUCAAACUGUGGUUCAGCGUCGAAGGAGAGAAGCAGCUCACACCGUUGGAAUCGCUAAUGCUGUCUGUGGCCAAAGUUAAGGAGAUGCGAGAGAGCUUGGGCCAGUUUCUUGAGGAGUCGGUGCACCAGCAAAGACACGGCCUGCAGCUGGUGAAAGAGUCUCCAGAGUCCCUUCCGGGUUCGGUUCUCCUUGACUUUAAGCAACAUCUGGGCUCCAUCUUAAGCAGAGUGGAGAGGAGGAAGACCCAGCUAGACAUCCUAACCAACCUGUAUGAAUUUUAUGACUCAGCAAACCAGUGGAUGGAGCACUGCCAGGAUUAUUUUGGCCACCUGAGUCCAGACACUUCAGGCGUUGGACUUUUGCCAUCUGUGGUGCAGAUCCUCCAGGAUUACUACACCGAGGCCUCCAAGUUCUCCGUGGACAACUUCAGCACUCUCAACAACAUGGUGCUCUCCCUGGAGAGUCCUCAGCAGCUGCAGCAGUGGAACACCGUGUGGCACAAAUGCCAGCGGACCAAACAGCAGUUGGAAGAGACUUUGGCCGGAGCCAUGACAGCAGCCCCUAACUCCACGGCUGUUGACACGCCGGCUUCUUUAAAGACUGCAGAAAGCCAGACCGCCACUCCAGAACAGCAUGGAUCGAAACCGUGUGUGCUGUUACCUGCGAUAAUUACACCAUUAACUUUUGAGGACAACAAGCCUCACUCUGCUGGGCCUUUCUCCAAGAGCCCAACCAGUUCAAUCUCCUCUUCCUCACACUUCACCUUUCCCCCCGAAUGCGACAGCAAACUGAGGCAGAGUCCAUCCAUGUUUGACGACACAGACAGCGACUGCACCAUCGACUCGACCAUCUCAUGCCACUCGGAGCCCGUCUACUCCGGUGCAGCCCGCCUCCGCAAGCAGCCAAUGAAGAAGAUCAUGAAGAAGACCAUGAGCUAUGAGCUGAGCCCGAGGGAUAGUGGUCACUCAGACGUCAGCCACAUUAAUGGCUACACGGGUGUGUACAUCAAGGGCUUGGAGGUGGCUAAUAACGUGUCUGCAGAGAAGAAGCUGCAGAGACCUGACUUAAUGAGCCCUGCAUUAGGACGCAGCCGCAGCAUGUCUACGCCCUCCAGGAUCAACAACAGACGCAGUGACGGAGAGGGCAAGAAACAGAGCAGUAAAGUACAGCACAUAAUGGAUGAGAUGAUCUCCACAGAGAGGGAGUACGUUCGCUCUCUCAGCUACAUCAUUGAGCACUAUUUCGCCGAGAUGGAGCGCCUGGACUUGCCACAGGACCUGCGGGGGAAGCGCAGCAUCAUUUUCGGGAAUGUUGAGAAACUGUGGGACUUCCACAGUCAGUACUUCCUCAAAGAGCUGGAGUCAUGCGCCCACUCCCCGCUGUCCAUCAGUAGCUGUUUUCUCAGACACGAGGAUCAGUUUGGAAUGUAUGCCCUGUACAGCAAGAAUAAGCCCCAGUCCGACGCUCUGCUCAGCAGCCAUGGGAACGAAUUCUUUAAGAAUAAGCAGAUGGAGCUCGAAGACAAGAUGGACUUGGCGUCCUACUUGCUGAAGCCCAUCCAGAGGAUGAGUAAAUAUGCGCUGUUGCUGAAAGACCUGAUCAAGGAGUGCAGUCAGUCCCAGGAGCAGGAGCUGAGCGACCUCCGCACUGCAGAGGAGAUGGUCAAGUUUCAGCUUCGCCAUGGCAAUGACCUGCUGGCUAUGGAUGCCAUUCGGGCCUGUGAUGUGAACCUAAAAGAGCAGGGUCAUCUCCGCUGCCAGGAUGAAUUCAUAGUCUGGUGCGGACGGAGGAAAUACCUCCGCCACGUCUUCUUGUUUGAAGACCUCAUCCUCUUCAGCAAGACCAAGAAGAUAGAAGGAGGAUAUGACUUUUACAUCUAUAAACAGUCCUUCAAAACAGCAGAAAUAGGUAUGACUGAAAAUGUCGGCGACAGCGGCCUACGCUUUGAGAUUUGGUUCCGUCGGAGGAAGUCACAGGACACGUUUAUACUCCAAGCCAGCUCUGCAGAGGUCAAGGCUGUGUGGACAGCCAUCAUAGGGAAGAUUCUGUGGAGACAGGCGCUCAGAAACAGAGAGUUGCGCAUGCAGGAGAUGGUGUCCAUGGGGAUUGGAAGCAAGCCUUUUAUGGACAUUAAGCCAAGUGAUGCAGCUAUCAGUGACAGAGCCAUUAACUAUAUCAUGAAGGGGACAGAGGCUAGGACCAGGGCGUCCAUUGCGGUGUCUUCGUUUGAUCACACCACUUCGUUCAAGAGACCUCACUCCACAAUCUCCAACAGCAGCACCUCCUCCUCCAGCAGCCAGUCCUCCUCCUCCCUGCUGGGCUCGCUCAAUCUUCACCUUUACUCCUCACCCUCUCACCCGCACACACAUCCAUACCUAGUGACCAGUGUUCCCUCCUUUGCCCAGUGGCCCUAUGACUGCAUAGAGGAAGAUGAGCUGGAGCAGGACACCGGGAGCCAGCCCUCCAUGAUCACUGAGAGCUCAGAGACGUCCUCCCAGUGUACCUCCAGUGACAGUGUAACAGGCCUGAGUACCCUCACUAUACCCGGGCACGCCAGCAUCGUCAUGGACUCCUACAACAACGAGUCUCCUACUUUCCUGUGCUCCUCCCCGACUUCCUCCUCCAUCGCAUCUCCUUCGAUAUUCCAGAAAGAGGAAGAGCUCCAACCCCAGGGCACCAAGUUCAUCACAGCAAGCAAGGCCUCUCAUAUAGCAGUAGGCCUCUCUACUGUGGUCUGAGUCAGAGCUGAGGGAUUUUACCUCACUGUGAAGUCCUGAAGCUGAAUGAUGCAACAGUAGUUUGUAUAUCAGGACAAGGAGAUGAAAAGAAGAGUCCAGCUUUGCAGCACAAAGACUUUAAUGGAUGAACCACAACUAUUGUUUGACAUUUCAUUAUGAUACUGUAAAUUGGAAAUUGACACAUACUUUACACUGCCAUGAUGGUACGUCAGUGGUCUGUACAUUUGUUUUAAUGAGCUAGAUAUGACUCUGUGUUUAUACUGUAGAUGAGGUUUUUUUUUUUUUUUAAUGUAUUUUACAUACAAACAAAAAAUAGCAGGCAGAUCUAUCCAGACAAUAUCUUUCUUUUGUUGCCAGUCUUCUGUUAUGACAACUUUGUACAGGUGAUUAAAAUGUUUAAAACAUGUUGUUGUAAUCAUUUCUUUGCCUUUUUUACUUGGAAUUAAGUAUUUCCACCAGUGGCUAAUGCCUAUAACGCACAGAUCCUUCAUAGUUCUGCAAAGCGUCCUUUGUGUGCAAGAAACUGGAAGUGUGAGUUUAUCUGAAAACACAUUGCAGAUAUUUCCACUGUUAACAGAGAAGUGUCAAACCACAAACACCCUCGCAUAUAGAUCGAUGAGGCCCACUACUACCGGUGCUAAGAGAGACACAGAGGUUGAAGAGUGGUUUCAUGAGAGAAGCUGACAUUCAUUUACCACAAGUCUUGUGUUCUCAGUCCGAGUCAAACAUCAGACGCCCGGGCUGUUCAGCAGGGAUUUCAGCUCCAAUAUAGGCAAUUGAGACAGAGCAGAAAGCCACCCGAAAAAAAACUAAAUGUCGGCUAAGACAGUCGCCUAACUUCUUUUACACACUAAUAUAUAGCCCCCUGGUCAUUUAUAUACAGACAGUUAAUUUGAAGUAUUCAAUUCUCAAAUGUCUUCUUCGUUAGGUUGAUCAUGGUGAUUUGGUGCGUUUCUCUUUAGAGAACCAGAAGCAAAGGAUUGCAGAGAGAAAGACCUCAAGUCCCAACACACAAAGUUCCAGCACCUCUAUCUGUCAGAAACACAAACAUUAUCAAGUAUGCAUUCGUUUUAUAUGAGCAAAUAUAUGUAAUAUCUAUUGUUAAGUAAGCAGUUUGAAGUGUGUAAUUGUGUCAUACUCGUUACAUGGUCUUACCCUCAAAUGUUGAUCAUUUUCGGGACUCCAGUGAGCCAGGUCAACACUUAUCAGACAAGCCGAAA